AUGGUCGUCAGGAUCUUGUUGGCGCUGAUUCUGGCAGUCCCUUUAUCGACCGGAGCCGAAGAGCUUGGGGAAGCCAUCCCGGUCGAGUUCGCGAACGGGACCAAUGCCUCAGCGAUUCUGGAGACCAGCUCCUUGGUAGAGGCCGAGAAGGUCAGCAUUGCUGGCUAUGGCAUGUGGCUUCUGUUUGGUGUGGUCGUCCUCGCGGGCUUGGUGGUAGAUCAACUCUGCGGAGCACAUUUCGUGUCCUGUGGCCAAACAGUUCGAGGGGCAAUCUACAUCAGCUCUGGCUGGAUUGGCUUGGCCCUCUUCUUCGGACUCAUCAUCUGUGUCACGAAGGGAGGUGAGGCUGGCUUCCUUUUCCUCACAGGCUACCUAGUGGAGGAGAGCCUCAGUGUGGACAACCUGGUGGUGAUUGCCUUGAUCUUUCAGAGCUUUCGAAUAAAGCCUCAGAACCAGGGGCCAGUGCUCAAGUGGGGCAUUUUUGGUGCCAUCGUUUUCCGCCUGAUCUUCGUCUUUGCGGGCGUUUGGCUGCUGGAGCACAUGCACAGCAUGAUCUAUGUCUUCGGCGGCUUGCUCUUAUGGUCCGCAUGGAAAAUGUAUAGCGAAGAAGAUGAGGGGGAUUCUGGAAUGGACAGCCAUGCAAGCGGCCAGUCAUGGAUGAUGCAAAUCCUGACCUCUGUGGUCCCGUACCAUGCAGAUGCCAAGGGGCAUCAGUUUUUCGAGCACAUGGACGGCAAGACCUAUGCGACGCCGAUGCUGGCUGCUCUGGUGGUGGUCGAACUUAGCGAUUUGAUUUUUGCAGUGGACUCCAUCCCCUGCAUCCUGGGCAUCACCCACGACCUCUUCCUGGUUUUCAGCUCCAACAUGUUUGCCGUUCUGGGCCUCCGCUCCCUCUACCUGCUCCUAGCCGAGGCCCUGGACAAAGUCCAGAAUCUGAAGACCGGACUUGCUGCCGUGCUGGCGUUUGUGGGAACGAAGAUGAUGUUGGGAGACUACUGGCCUUUAUCCCAGUCAGUCUCCCUGCUCAUGAUUUUCGGGAUUUUGGCUGCGACCGUUGCGUCCGGCAUGAUGGGAAUUAAGUUCGGGAAGAAGGCCGAGGCGAUCUUGCCAAUGUGA